AUGCAUGUAAACAUGAGUGAGAAUAAUUCUCCACUGGACGAAAGGGACAGAGACAAACUUCCUCCUAUUUUGAACCAUGUAAUGCUGAUCCUUUGGCAGAGUUUGGAUCGUGGGUCAAAGCUACCGUUUUCCUCAUGUGGAAGCUUCAUAUCUACCUUCAAUCAUAAGAGAGAGACAGGCAACCAUAACCUCUCCACGCAGCUUCUUGUACCUGCUGUAAGACAAGUAAGAGAACUCCCCCCAAUAUGCCCAGAUGUUAGACAGAAGCAGCGAAUCUCCAUAGACAUUCUCCCUCCAGAAGUAAAAGCCCGCUUUGCCUCAGACCCGAUCAUCCCCAUCCGGACCAAGACUGCCAAAGAGUUUCAGGAAGAUAUGGAGAGGGCUACUGUCUCAGGUGACUGGAAACAAGUCCAUGAUUUCUACUUGACUACGUUUGGCUCCUUUUUGGAACUGAAUGCUGCCUUUAAGAAAGAAGCAAACGCUCCAUUCAACACUAUAGAUGACUCAGGAAUAAACAUUAAAUUUGUUAAUGCUGUUUAUGAUUCCUUACUCCAUACGCCUCCGGAGACACAAAAGUCGGUCCUAAAGGGAAUCAUUAAUAGCUUAUUAAGAGAGUGGAAAGGACCUCGGACAAAAGAUGACUUGAGGGCGUAUUUUAUUCUUGUUCAGAACCCACAGUAUACCAGCACAGCCACAUAUGUCAUCUAUGCACACUUACUGAGGCAAAUAGCAGCUUUGGCCGAAGCAGACCACCAUUUCCUGAUGCACUGGUUUAAAAAGCUCUCUCAGAAGCGUUUCAAACAGCUUGUGGACCGCCUUCAGCUUUUCAUCACCACCCGCCUGUUCCCAGCCAAACCAGAGGAACUGCCACCAAUGGCUAAAUGCUCCUGGUGGAUCCCUUCUGCUACCAAGGUUCUCUCUCUUCUCAAUGCAGCAAACAGCAUUUCAUCUCCUUCGAUCAUUCCGUUUGCGGAUUUCUACAAUCUCACUCUGGACCACAUUGACUUCAUGGAGGACUACCAGACAUGGCAGACUCAUGGAAAUUCAAACAGAUUCACUUUCUGCCAAUUUCCCUUCAUCUUGUCCACUGUGGUGAAGAAAGCAAUCAUUCAGAGAGAUUCAGAGCAGCAGAUGAUCAGUAUGGCCAGGCAAACCCUGGUGGACAAAGUCUCUCGCAGACAGAGGGUGGAUAUGAGUCUCCUCUUUCUGAACAUUAAAGUUAGGCGUCUGCAGCUGGUCAGUGACUCACUGGAUGAGCUUUCGAGAAAGCGAGCAGACUUGAAGAAAAAACUGAAAGUGACGUUUGUUGGAGAAGCAGGGCUGGACAUGGGAGGCCUUACAAAGGAGUGGUUUCUUCUCCUGAUUCGACAGAUUUUUCACACAGACUACGGCAUGUUCACAUACUUGAAGGAUUCCCAGUGCCACUGGUUCAGCAGUUGGAAGUGCGACAACUGCUCAGAGUUUCGACUGGUGGGCGCUCUCAUGGGUCUGGCUGUGUACAACAGCAUCACUCUGGACAUCCGUUUCCCCCCCUGUGUAUACAAGAAGCUGCUGACCCCACCCAUUGUGCCUUGUGACCCUGAUACUCCUGUCGGCAUGGCGACCCUCACCCUGGAUGAUCUGCAGCAGAUUAUGCCUGAUCUUGCUCAUGGCCUUGGAGAGCUCCUGAGCUAUGAGGGGAAUGUUGAGGAAGAUUUCUGUUCUACCUUCCAGGUUUUCCAAGAGGAACUAGGGGUGGUCAAGUCAUACAAUCUUAAGCCAGGGGGAGAUAAGAUUCCCGUCACCAAUUUGAACAGAAAAGAGUACGUCCAGCUAUACAUUGAUUUUCUGCUGAAUAAGUCCAUCUACAGACAGUUUGCUGCCUUUUACCAUGGCUUUCACAGUGUGUGUGCAUCAAAUGCUUUGAUGCUGCUGAGACCAGAGGAGGUUGAGAUACUUGUUUGUGGAAGUCCAAAUCUGGACAUGAGCUGUUUGCAAAGGCUAGCACAGUAUGAAGGCUAUAGCAAAACUGACCCCACCAUACGAGCGUUCUGGGACGUUGUUCUGGCAUUCCCUCUGGAGCUGCAGAAGAGACUCCUUCAUUUCACCACAGGAAGUGACCGGGUCCCUGUUGGAGGAAUGGUUGACCUCAACUUCAAGAUAUCUAAAAUUGAUGUCUCAACUGACUGGUUGCCCGUGUCGCAUACGUGUUUCAACCAGCUUUGUCUACCUCCAUACAAGAGCAAGAAGGAACUAAGGCAAAAAUUAACUAUUGCCAUUUCAAAUGCAGAGGGCUUUGGCUUGGAGUGA